GUUAUGCUAGAUAAGUCUUCUUGUCUCCCUUAGAAACGGAACUUGCAAAUUCGACUGAUAUUUCUCAGGUCUAACAUGCAUUCAGCUGUUUAUUUAUUUUUCCAUAAGGUAAUAAAAGUCAGCUGACUAGUAUUCCUUCAUAAAAUUUUCAAGUUAGGGAGAACAAAGCUGGAGGUAACAGAUCAGCACAAGCGGCGCCAGGAGGCUCGUGAAAAGCGCUCAAGAGAUCUUGUAGAUGGCUUGAUAGAGUACAUAUCAUUGGACAAUGAGAACUACAAGUACGUUAUAAUUGCCAGCAAAGAGAAUGCUAAUAUGAUUAUCGAGGAGGGUUUUAUUUCGUCUUAUGCCCGAGAUGAAAUUUUAGAUGGUCUUGAAAGGAUAGAAAAGGACAUUGAAGAUGGAAAGUUUCAGUGGAUAAAUAAUAAAGAUAUCCGAACUAAUAUCAUGGAAGCGCUUGUUGACAUAGUUGAAGGACCAGCUAAAAGGCUGGAUGCAGUAAUAAGUCAUUAUGAUCAAAUGCUAACAGUCCUAAAUUUAUGGUGCAAUGACUCCAUUGAUAAAUUUGUUACUCAAAUAAAAGAACUCCAGGUUGAGCUUGUUUUGCUAGCAGUAAGAAACGAGGGAUUGGUUGUACCUUGCUUCAAUAGGAAUGCAUACUGUAUUCUACUUGGCGAUAUGUUAUUGUCGAAAGUUGAACAGCUAGAAAAUGAUGUCUCUCGGCUUCUUAGUUGCAAAAACAAGAUGGAAUCUACACGACUAACUCCUAACCCUUCAGGAAGCAACGUUUGUUCUAUGAACAGCUUAUGUAAUGGUUGUUUGCAUCACGUACACAACUCUAUUAUGGAUUUUGGAAAUCUGAUCGUCGGUGACAUCGGACACGAUCUUACAGAUCUUGAGAAUGACCUGCAUACAUUAAAUCUCUGGUUGACACCGAAUGAUGAAGUGACCAAAAGUUUACACCUUAUGUGGGGGCACAAGAUUGAUCUAGGUAUUAUUGAAAUACUGGGACAUUCUGGCUCUAUCUACAAUGAAGCUGCGGAUAGCAGCAAGCGGUUUUUGAAAGCCUACAAAGUUGUUCCAGAGAUGAUCAAAGCAGCUAGAGAAUUUGUAAGAAACUUGUUUUUUAAUCCUGAAAAGUUUCCGAGCUUCCCACCUAUUGGUUCCGCUGGUGAUCCAAAGCUUGCAGGUUUCCGUGCAUCGAAGGAUCUAGAGCGACUAUACGGUGGGGAAGCUGCGGUGAGGCAAGAUUUCAUAUCUCACAGCGACGAUACUGCGGGGAAGCUGCUCGAUUGGCUCCGGCGUCUUCAUCAGUCGGAGCAGAGAAGUUAGUCUAACGAACAUGUGCAGUUGCGGUGUUGGACAUAUAUUUAUUUAUGGCUGGCCAAAUUGUUUAAGUUUUUUUUAUAUCUAUUUGAAGAAUCGUAAGAGUACUCAAGGUAGAACAUUGUAUUAUCUAGCGAGAACUGCUGCUAUAUCCUAUGAAUGCAAGAAUUAGUUAGCUUGGUAUGCUGAG